AUAAAGCUAAAACGCCGGGCAAAUUGCGCAAGCGUGAAAACGGAAACACGCUUGUUGCCUUGGUUGCUGAGAAGUACAUAGCGGGCUUUGAUACGCGCGACGUUAACCGGUUAGUCUCGUACAGGCACUGUUCUUCUUUAACUGUAUGAAGUACGCGACACAGUUAACACUUAUUUUCCUUAAUAAGAAAUCAUUAUUUUCUAAAGAAAUUGAGAAAAAAUUAUGGCAACAUCAAGGAAAACGAGAUCUUAUAUAUCAUCCGCAGCAGACGUUGAUCCAAUUGUAAAAACGACGUGGGAUGAGGAUAAGGAUGUUAGUGAUCAGAUGAAGAACAGUUUAACCUCGUACGAUGACUCGUUGAUAAAUUGUAAAACUAACGGUUAUGCUGUAUUGCAGAGCAAUGGUCAUGUACGGUGUUCCAAGAAUCAUACAAAUGAUAUAAAAAAAAGUUCACUUGAAACACAAGUUCACUCGAAAGAAUCCUUUGAGAAGGUUACAUUUAUAACUAAAGUAUUAACAUACAUUGGCUUUUACAUUCUUAUGAUUUUAGGUGUUGUAAAUCAAUUUUUCUUUACACCAAAAGUAGCUCAGGAAAAGAAUCGCCAAGGUUACGCACCACUGUAUAAUCAUUUUGAAAAAUUUUAUCUUCUAUACGUCUACAGAAGAGUAAGGGAUUGUUGGAAUAGACCAAUAUGUUCUGUACCUGGUGCAGUGGUUACGUUAAAAGAUCGUGUCACUCAUGAUUAUGGUUGGACCUUUCAGUUUACUGGAUCUGAAAGACAUUGUAUAAAUUUGGGAUCUUACAAUUAUUUAGGCUUUGCAGAAUCAACUGGAGAAUGUACAGAACAAAGUGUUGAGAUUAUCAAAAGAUUAGGUUGUGCAACCUGCAGUAAUCGUCUUGAAUUAGGAAACUUGCCUAUCCAUGAAGAUUUAGAAAAAUUAACAGCUAGGUUUUUGGGAGUCGAAGAUGCCAUAGUAUUUGGAAUGGGAUUUGCUACAAACGCAUUAAAUUUACCAUGUCUUGUUGAUAAAGACUGUUUGGUGGUAAGCGAUGAGAAAAAUCAUGCAUCGCUUAUACUUGGAUUAAGAUUAUCAGGAGCAACGGCACGUGUUUUUAAACAUAACAAUGUAAAACAUUUGGAAGAUAUAUUAAAGAAAGCAAUAGUUUACGGUCAACCCAAAACCGGUAAACCAUGGAAGAAAAUAGUUAUAAUAGUCGAGGGCAUUUAUUCGAUGGAAGGAUCUAUAGUACACCUUCCUGAAAUUAUAGAACUGAAAAAAAAGUACAAAGCUUAUCUUUAUAUGGACGAGGCUCAUAGUAUCGGUGCAAUAGGAAAAAAUGGCCGAGGAGUUUGUGAUUAUUAUGGUAUAGAUCCUCGUGAAGUUGAUAUACUAAUGGGAACAUUUACAAAAAGUUUUGGAUCUGCUGGAGGAUAUAUAGCCGGAUCAAAAACUUUAAUCAAUUAUUUACGGGUACAUAGUCAUGCUCAUACUUAUGCAAGUUCCAUGUCGCCUCCAAUAGCGCAACAAAUUAUCGCAUCUAUGAAAAUCAUCUCAGGUGAGGAUGGAUCUGAUGCCGGAAAGAAACGUCUCAAACAAUUGGCAAGGAAUGUCAGAUAUUUUAGACGUAGGUUGAAUCAAAUCGGUGUUAUUAUUUAUGGAAAUGAAGAUUCACCUAUAGCACCGAUGCUAGUUUAUUUAUUUUCCAAAGUUUGGGCAGUAGUACGUGGUUUUACAAAAUAUAAUAUAGCAACGGUCGGCGUUGGAUUUCCUGCAACACCUCUAAUGGAAGCUAGAAUACGCUUUUGUCUUUCUGCUUCACACACAAAGGAACACUUAGAUUAUGUGUUAUUACACGUUGAAAAACUAGCUAAUAAAUUUGGAUUAAAGUAUUCGCGCAAACCUCGUGAUCCAAAUCCUAUAGAGUAUUAUUCUGAUAAUGAAACGGAAUGACCUACCUCAUAGCUUAGUAAAUCUCUUUAAUUAGUUCAUUUUCUUUUUCUGUCUUUUUGUUCCAAGAUUUUUAAAGAUAUCUCUAAAAGCUUUAAAACAGUCACAAUAUAACUUUACAUAAGAUUCGUAUGAUAAUAACAAAUGAAAAUAUAAGUAUUAAAUUAUUUAGAUGAUUGUUAUUAUAUAAUUAAAAUGC